AUGUCAUUCGGCUGGUCAACUGGAGACAUUAUCGUAGCCCUUCAAUUAUUCAAUAAGAUUCGCAUCGCUCUGAAAGAUUCGGGGGGCUCUAAAACCGAAUACCAGAAUGCUAUAACGUUCAUUGACGAACUUUCAACUACACUUCGGACGCUCGACGACAUCCAGACUACGUCACCACACCCAGACCUUUUGCAAGAUGUCUGCAGCCAUGCUAAACGUCUGCGUAUAGAGGUCGAUUUGUUUCUGAAAACCAUGCAAGAUGAAUACGAAGGGUCUCUGGGACCCUUCUCGUUAUCCGGAAAGACCAAAACUUUCCAGAAUAAGAUACGAUACGCGAUAUCUACGUCAAAGAAGGUUCAAAAUCUGCGCGAAAAGAUUGGCCCCGAGCUGUCAACACUGCAAUUGAAAUUAUCGCAUCACGUGCUACUUGUUUGUGCCAAUUUGCCAUCCGAUAUUCAGCGUCAAAUGAACCAUAACAUGAAAGCAGCCUUGGAAUCCUUCUGCAGCAAUCAAGAAAUUAGAGAUAUCCUACAGACACUCGUAUCCCAUGGAAACAAGUUGGAUACCUGCCAUGAACAGACCUUGAAGGUUCUGUCCAUCCUCGAAGCCGUACACGACAAGCUUCAGGCACAGGAGCGGGCACCUUUAAUACACUUAGAACCCUGGCCAGAAUCGUUGUCAUUCACUCAAGAGACAGCGGCGGAGAAUCAUCAUGACUUGAAGUCUCCAUUAUCUAUCCUCCAGAACAGUCAACAAGUAAUAUCUGGGCUGAAUGGCAUACUGAGAGCUGCGAUAUGCCUACUUUCGUUCUCGAUGGUCGCACUGUAUCGAAUGGUUGUUUUCACGAUUUCCAAGAGAUCAACACUCAUUCCUAUCCGACCUUCACUACAAAGCGGUGUCAAGUUCAUUGAUGCUUUAGGGCGAAAGUCAACUCUACCUUACGAUUGUGGGAGGUCUUGGGAGAUUUUCGAGAAGACGAUUCAUGUUUGGUUCCAAGGCUGUCCAGGCGAGGACCUUGUUAGGCAGGGGUUUUACUGCGUUGCUGAUGCAAGAAAUCCUUCUGCAUUCUUCACCCAAGAGUCUUGGUCUUGUUGUGUGAAGGACGGUAUGACCAUUCAAAUGUCCGUCAUCAUCAAUAAUUGCAUGGAAUGUGGCAGCAGAGUCACCUCUGACGAUGUGAACGACUACGCUCUGUGGAUUGAUUCUGACAUAUUUCGGUUUAGCUCGUCUUGCAACAGGCAACAUGUAGUAGUCACACGUGACGCCUUUCUGGGCGCUUCUUCCGACCUAUUUUCGUUGGGUGGUAAGCAGAGUCUGAACAAACCCCGACGAAAGAACAGUACUAAGUAA